GCUGUCUUUACUCUCCUCCCACAGUUGGCAAUCCUAGAAGACUAUGCGGACCCAUUUGAUGUUCGGGAGACUGAUGAAGGCUCAGCAGAAGCUUCAAGAGCCCCAGAGAAGGUCCCUGAAAAUGACGGCUACAUGGAGCCCUAUGAGGCCCAAAAGAUGAUGGCUGAGAUCCGGGGCUCCAAGGAGACAGCAGCCCAGCCCUUGCCUCUGUAUGACACACCCUAUGAGCCAGAAGAGGAGGGGGCCACACCAGAGGGCGAGGGGACCCCCUGGCCCCGGGAGUCCCGCCUGCCUGAGGAUGACGAGAGGCCCCCCGAGGAGUAUGACCAGCCCUGGGAGUGGAAGAAGGAGCGGAUUUCCAAAGCCUUUGCAGCCCAGUUUGAAGGAUCGGAGAAGAGCUGCCUGUCACCUGGCCAGGAGGAGAAGGGGCGGCUUCCUCCCCGACUCUCUGCAGGGAACCCCAAGUCAGCCAAGCCCCUAAGUGUGGAGCCCAGCAGUCCCCUGGGGGAGUGGACAGAUCCAGCUCUGCCUCUGGAAAACCAGGUCUGGUAUCACGGGGCCAUCAGCCGAACAGACGCCGAGAACCUGCUCCGGCUGUGCAAAGAGGCCAGCUACCUGGUGCGCAACAGCGAGACCAGCAAAAAUGAGUUCUCUCUCUCCCUCAAGAGCAGUCAGGGCUUCAUGCACAUGAAGCUGUCCCGGACCAAGGAACACAAGUAUGUGUUGGGCCAGAACAGCCCACCCUUCAGCAGCGUCCCUGAAAUCGUGCACCACUAUGCCAGCCGGAAGCUGCCCAUUAAGGGGGCCGAACACAUGUCCCUGCUCUACCCCGUGGCCAUCCGGACUUUGUAGAUGCGAGCCCAGGGCACUGUGAUAGACCUGGACCCAGCCCUGUGCCGUCACCUGGCUGAGGGACAUGAUCUCGCAAACCUUUCUUUCCCUUUCCCUGGGAUCUAGUAGAAGCUGGAGAUUCCUUUAUUUAUUCUAAAGGGGAAGGGCCACUGGGGCCUUGGAAUAAGAGGUUGUCUGGAGCUGAGCAUAGAGAAAACCCUGGAGAGAAAAAACAGCCCCUGGAGGAAGGGAGCCCCAGAGCCGCUGGUCUCUCGAGGCGUUUAAGAUUGGCAGCUCCAGCCCCUUUUCGUCCCUAGCGCAGAGGUGGCAGCGACCUCCUUCAUCACCACCCUCUCCCCACUGGGUCAAAGCGGGGUGGAGCAGGACGCGGGCCCGCGGGGCGUCCUGACCAUCUCUCUGCCUCCAUCCCCUCAUCACCGGAGGGCUCCGCCCAGAGGAUGGUGCGGAGCUUGGGGAAGGCAAACCCCUGGGAUGGAGACGGCUUUGGGGGCGGGGAGAGGAGGCGAAGGGCUCGGGCCGGAGGGAACUGUGAGGUCCCCGGGCCGCCCCGGCUCCGGGCCAGAGGCAAUAAAUAAACCCGAUCCUGCCAGGCA